UGUAACGUUAUCAUCUAGAAGAAAAUACUAAUAAGAAUAGAGAAGUUUCCCUUUCAUUAUUCUCUCUCUCUACUUAGCUCUGCUCUGAACAAUGGUGGUUCCUCCUCCACAACCCUCUCUGUUUCAACUGACAUUUCUUACCGGAGACAAACCAAUUCUGCAGACGCUUGAUGAUGAGUUCAUAAGUAGUCACAUGAAAGUUUUGCUAAUAUCAGACGCCUCGGACAAAAUAUGGGAAGUGAAACUGGACGGCAACAGGCUCGCCGGCGGCUGGGAAGAGUUCGCCGCCGUUAAUAAUUUCAGCGACGGAAACGUCUUGGUUUUUAGACACAAUGGAGAAGAGAUCUUUCAUGUGGCUGUUUCCAGUGAAUCUGAUGAUGAUGAGUCCGAUGAUACUGACGACAGUGAAUCUGAUGAUUCCGAAGAUAAUGAUGAAGGUGACAGUAGUUUGGUGAACAAGGAAGUAGAUUCUUCAUCAGACUGUUUCCUCAGAGCUCGUGUCACUCCUUAUAGCCUCACCAAAGAUCGUCUUGAUCUUUCUAAAGAUUUUAAGUUUAUGUUGUUUGAUGAGCACAAGAAACAGUUUGAGAUACACUUAGUUAAUGAGAAAGGAAGAAAAUGGACACUGAGGCUUUCAAGAAACAUAUCAAGUGGUGCGUUUUACAUCACAAGAGGCUGGUCUAACUUUUGCGCAGCUAAUGGGUUAAUCCGAGGUGACUUCUGUUACUUCAAACUUUCCGAAAGUGGGGAAAGGCCUGUGCUUUUGUUGUGUUCACACGAGUCUGGCAAUGGCCAUGAAGACAAAGAAGAAGAAGAAUGCCCUGAAGCAGAUACAUUGAAGAUAUGUUCUGUAGGAGGCUGCAGCAACGAGAAGAACACUCCUUCCCGCUUUCUGACACGAAAGUUUACACCAAGCCGUUUCAAGACCGGGCAACUAUAUAUUUCAAUGCUUUCAUCGGGUGUCUUGCGUGAGAGUGGCAUUAAGAAGUCUGGGGAGAUAACUCUGCUGGACAAUGAUGGAAGAAAGUGGCCAUCUUAUCUACACAAGACAGGACAACCCGGAGGUGAAUGGUGUUACAUAAGAAAAGGUUGGAGAGAGAUGUGCGAAGCGAAUGGUGUCGAAGUGAAUGACUCAUUCGUGUUGGAGUUGAUAUGUGAAGAUGCAAACCCUAUCUUUAAGUUCCACUCUAAGAUUAAAAACAAGGGAAAAGGAAACAUAGUAACUAGUAAGAAGAGAGCUCUACAUGCAAGGACUGUGGAAAGGACUCCAGGAGUAGAAAUAGAUGGAGAGAGGGGAAGCAAGAGAGGAUGCACUAGGGUUUCAAACAGAUCCAACACUUACUUGAAGGGCAAGCAACCAGAAUCUUGCUCAGUCUCUGAUCAAGUGGCUAACGUGAGACAAAGCGUUCUAGAUACUCUGAACACCAUCAGACAUUUCAAAGCGGAGCUCAAGACAAGGGAGAGGAAUCUGGAAGCUUCACUACUUGAACUUGACGGCUUAGGUGAGAAGAUAUUGGGAAUCAGCAAAAUUCUCAACAAUAAUCUGGCUUAAAGUAUAAUUAAAUAGCAGGGGGAAAAGGAUCAAAAGACUAUCUGCAUGCACUUUUUGUAUCAUGGUUUUCACAAGAACGGCUUCUUCCUCAAAACUCCACGUUAAGUUUCCUUUUCAGUAUUUAAGACUUUUAAGUUCUAGAGACUGCCUAUUAUCUUGGUGCCUUUGUUCGGUUCCAUGGCUCACCAAUGUUUGUAUAUUUGAAGGUCUUGUGACUUGCGUUUAUGCUUUGUUAUAUAGCUAAGA